AUGGAGCCAAAGCAGGAGACCGAGACCGAGGCCCAGGAACGCGACAAACUGCGCAAGAAGGUCGUCGAGGACACCGGCGGCAUCCUCAGCUACUUCUGGCCCUUGCACCCCAUACGCCUCUUCAUCGACCUCACUCUCGCCGCCCUCCGUCUCGUGCAGCCGCUCGCGCCACAGCUGGUACCCCUUGCGGUAUUCUCUGUAUCUCUCCCUCUCAUACUCUUUCUAUCUAUUGGCUCCGGGUACUGGGUGUGGAAGAGCGUCGCGGUCGGUUGGGAGACCGAGAUAUUCCUGCAAUAUGGCGACGGACCUGUGCCGUAUGCUGAAGUCAUGCUCCCCACUGUGGUUGCACAACAGCCGUACGACAUCUCGCUACACCUGAUUGUCCCCGCGAACGAAGCGAACUUCGCGCUCGGAAACUUCAUGGCCUCGCUCGCGCUUGUUACUCCCAGUAAUCGCACGCUUGCAUACGUUCGCAAGCCCGCAAUUGUACUUCCCCCAUCCGCAUCCCCUUGGGCGUUCUUGUACAAUAGGCCCGGAACGGUCGACUUGAAUAUCCCCAUGCUGAAGGACUUCACCGUGAGCACUGCACGUGCGCUCGCACGAGUAGAGCUUGGACGCAGAGACCUGUGGAAAACGCUCGGUGAGGGCCACGGGCGCGAGCUCUCCGUUUUCUCCGGGUAUAUUCGCGGCGUCGUCCUGCACCAUGGCGUUCGUGGCAUCGUGUCCCGCUUCCCGCUGGCUUCGGCGAUGGUAGCAUCUGCUGUGUUCUUCCUCAUCAUGUUUGUGGGAAUGGUCGCGUGCCUCAUGCCUGCGGUCGAGUGGCAUUUCCCCUCGGAUGUCAGCGAGCCCCCAAAGGUCGAUGACAGGCCGCGCCGGCGCCGGAGGUCCCGUCGGCGAACUGAAGGCGACGACCGGACGCCGAGGUCGAAGACGGGGACCCACAGCGAAGGCAGUGGCUCUAGAGCUAGACCGUGGGUGAGGCUGAACCUUGUGUAG